GGUGCACAAACCAAAACAAUUCAUAGUCAUAGGCUCUUUUGAUACACAAGAGAGAUGGAGAAUUAUUCAUGUGAUGCCGAAAAUGGUGAGAAAAAGCUUAGGUUAUUCGGGUUCGAGUUUGAUCCGAGUGCUAACAGCUGUUUCACCGUGAAAGUUUCCGAAGGCGACGAGAGUGUGAAUUCGUCGACCACAACAGCCAAGGAGAAAAGCUCGACGACAGCGGAGGCCGACGAUAGGAAAUUCGAGUGCUUGUAUUGUUUCAAGGAAUUUGCAAACUCGCAGGCACUUGGGGGUCAUCAGAAUGCGCACAAAAAAGAGAGGAUGAAGAAGAAAAGGUUGCAGCUUCAAGCCAAGAGAGCCAGCCUCAACUGUUAUCUUCAACCUUUUCAAAACAGUCUCGGUUUCGGCUCUCCGCCGUGGCACUACAGUACCGCUGCCGAAGAAUCGCAGAUAAGUUUCGGACAAUUGGAGUAUGAUGUGUAUGUUAAUGGCUCGAAUCCAUCGAAAUGGCACGCUCAAAUGAUCCCUUUCCAACAAGAUUCAUCCAUGUUCACGUUAAUACAAGCUGAUCAUCACAGAUCGAGGGAAAACAGGCCUGUUUUCAAGCCUUCGUCCAAGCAAAACUGUAAAUCAUUGGAUCUUCAAUUAGGCCUCAGCUUGCAGUCUACGAUACAGAGUUCCUCUGGAAGUGGUAUAUUGAACCAUACACAUAGGGCACGGAGAACGUACAUACACAACGGAGUGCGAGGCGUCGCGCCCUUAUCAAAUACGUAUCCGACACAAGCAAGAUGUGUAUCCGGUAGUGCUGGAUAAGACAUCAAGAAAGGAACAUAUACGGUAAACUGGUAAACAUACGUUUGGAGACAAAUGAAACAUGUCUCAGAGGACUGAAUAUAGAAUCAAUGUCGCUUCUUUUCUGUAUUUUUUUUCCUCCUAUCUGAUAUCAACAAUCCAA